AUGACUAAUUCGGCUGGCGGGACUGGAUUCUCAAAGCUCGUCGACCUCGAACGACAACAACACCAAGAAGCAUUUACGGCGCCCACAUCACAGUAUCCUCACAUUAGUGCAGUAAUACGAUUCAAAAUGGUUUCCGCCAGCCGGGGUAUCUACAAGCAAGUAGCCCCCCCUCAUCACAGUACUCUUUUCCGCAAGAAUUACACUUUCUUAGGUGUUGUUUUUGCUGGCGCAUUCGCUUUCGAGAUGGGAUUUGACAACGGAAUGGACAAGAUCUGGGACUCCCUCAACAAAGGCCGACAAUGGAAGGAUAUCCGAGCCAAAUACGUACAAGCAGCCGAUGACGACGAUGAGUAA